UUUCAGGGCCCAGGAGUGGAGAACUGCAGGGAAAGGGGCUGGAAAGAUGGAAACCCCCUCUCUAUUUUCUUGCGGUUAAACAUCUUGAAACAUUGGAGGUCCGGCUUGAUCACUCAGGGCUAUUUAAUACUACAGUUGAGCCUUAAACAACGUGGGGGUGGGGUUAGGGGCACCCUCCCCUGCAUAACUUCUGACUACCCCAAAACUUAACUACACAGUUGUCCCUCGGUACCGAGGGGGCUUGAUUCCAGGACCCCGCAGAUACCAAAAUCCUGCGGAUGCUCAAGUCCCCUAUAUAAAAUGGCGAAGAUCAAUGCAUACAGUCGGCCCUCCGAAUCCAUGGACUCCCAACCCGAGAUGGAAAACAGUACAGCUUGUGAUUGGCACAAUGGAAGAGGCUGGAAUAUGCGGGCUGGGGGUGGAAGCAGCUGUGUUGCAUAGCUCCCAGUCCAACGAUAUUCUUCCGCAUCAAGACUCCAAUUGUGGUGGAACAAGGAGCCAACAUUCGCUGGAAGAGGAUGAAGGCAGUGACUUUAUAACAAAAACCAGAAGCUUGGUGAGCCCAGCAUACUACACGCAAGAGUCAAGAGAGGACAUUCCUGGGCGAGAAGCUAGAACAGAUCCCCCUGAUGGUCAGCAAGAUUCAGAGUGCAACAGGAACAAAGACAAAACCUUAGGAAAAGAAGUUUUAUUAUUGAUGCAAGCCCUAAACACCCUUUCAACUCCAGAAGAGAAGCUGGCAGCUCUCUGUAAGAAAUAUGCUGAUCUUCUGGAGGAGAGCAGGAAUGUUCAGAAGCAAAUGAAGAUUCUGCAGAAGAAGCAAGCCCAGAUCGUGAAAGAGAAAGUUCACUUGCAGAGUGAGCACAGCAAGGCUAUCUUGGCAAGAAGCAAACUAGAGUCUCUCUGCAGGGAACUUCAGCGUCACAACAAGACGUUAAAGGAAGAAAAUAUGCAGCAGGCCCGAGAGGAGGAAGAAAGACGUAAAGAAGCAACUGCACACUUCCAAAUUACUUUAAAUGAAAUCCAAGCACAGCUGGAACAACAUGACAUACACAACGCCAAACUCCGCCAGGAGAACAUUGAGCUCGGAGAGAAGCUGAAGAAGCUCAUUGAACAGUACACACUGAGGGAGGAGCAUAUUGAUAAAGUGUUCAAACAUAAGGAACUGCAGCAACAGCUUGUGGAUGCCAAGCUUCAGCAAACGACACAGCUGAUAAAGGAUGCUGAUGAAAAACAUCAGAGAGAGAGAGAGUUUUUGUUAAAAGAAGCAACAGAAUCGAGGCACAAAUACGAACAAAUGAGACAGCAAGAAGUACAACUAAAACAGCAGCUUUCUCUUUAUAUGGAUAAGUUUGAAGAAUUCCAGACUACAAUGGCAAAAAGCAAUGAACUAUUUACAACCUUCCGGCAAGAAAUGGAAAAGAUGACAAAGAAAAUUAAAAAACUGGAAAAAGAAACAAUAACGUGGCGUACCAAAUGGGAAAACAAUAACAAAGCACUUCUGCAGAUGGCUGAAGAGAAAACCGUCCGUGAUAAAGAGUACAAGGCCUUUCAAGUGAAACUGGACCGGCUAGAGAAGCUGUGCAGGGCUCUUCAGACGGAGCGGAACGAGCUUAACCAGAAGGUGGAAGUCCUGAAGGAGCAGGUCUCGGGGAAGGCGGCAGGGGCAAAUCUAGCACCGCGUGUGACCCAGUCCUGCGCAGCCCUGGCUUCUCCUAAGGAGCUGAACACUGCCUGGAACAGCGGCACUGGAGUCCCCACAGUGGCAGUUCCCAAGGCAGCCAAGGAGAAGCCGGCUGCACACAAGGCUGUGUCCCUAGGCACCGGGCCAACCAUCGAGUCAGUGGACUGAGAUGAAGUAUGAUCACUGUAUUGAGAGCUCUAUUUUGUGUAUAACUUUCUCUGUUAGUAGUAACUAUUGGUUUUGUGGUGAAAUUUUUCUUACUUUUUCUACCAUAUCUGUAUUUUCUUAGAACUACUGGACUUAGGUGGUACAGGAGGCUGCUUAGCAGUUUUGAAUAGUUUUCCUCAGCUGUGUGGCACAUCUGCCUCGUUUCCCUUAAUUGGCAUGCAUGUGGUCAUUGCCUUGUCCCUUCUUCCCUGCUCCUUGCACAGAAUCAUCCUAAUUAAAAUUUCACCCAAGACAGGGCCGACCAUUCAUGACAAGGGAACUUUGUUCUGAUAAUGGUUCCUUGAUGUGAAAACAAUAUUCAUUUAAACGUCCUGAUCUCCCAUCAAUAUUAAUAAAAAAACCACACACAUCAAGAUGAUUAGUUUUGUCUAAUAACCCAUUUAAAUGCCAAGUGAAAAAACCCUCUAGGGUUGGGACAGAAACAAGCUUACCAUAUUUAAUUCAAAAUAGUGUUUUGAUAAUAUAUCACUUGACAAAUUGAGAUGGUUGUAAGGCUUCAAAUUCCUUAAAGUUUUGGCAGAAUAUGUACAUAAAGGUAUCAUGUAAACAAACUAGUAUAUACAGGCAAAUAAUUGGACAAACAGGCUUAAUGUUUAUGUAACUAACAACCGUCAUACUGCUUUGGUUUCAGGUUAGUUAGAACCAGUGGUGAAUUUGGACCACCCAGAUGCUUAUUAUGGGGUAGGUGGUUUGUUUUCCUUUUGGGAUUUGGGUACACAUCCUCUACUUCGCACAGAAAGCAGUCACUGGUAGCCCUUUACAACAGUGAGGGUAAAUUAAUGUGUAGCUCUCACCAGGCAGAAGUCCCUCCACUACCUUCUGGCUACUUGAAAUUGACGUUCAACUUUUACAACAGUCCUAUCGCAAAGUUCUCCAUUCCAACCGAAACGGAUUCUAUUUCCAAAACAGACUGAAAUCAACAUUUUUAACUUUGGGAAAACUUAGCAUAGUUUAGUAGUCAGAAUGUACUACACCUUUCUCACCCUUAUGUUGUUUUUUUUCUUUUUAAGGAAAAAAAAAAUCAGUAUUAUCAAUGUCUCUACACUUGGAAUGGGGUACUUUUGAAAUUAAGCACAUCACCUUUCGAUUAAUUUUCCUUUGUUCUUUACAGCUAAGUUAUGCAAAUGAUUACUCAGGCUGCAGUGAUGGAAAUUUUGAUUUUUAUCCCUAGUAUAAUUUGCAUUGAAAUACUUUAUGAGAUAAAAAGGCUCCAUUAGAACUGAUGUUAAAGCACAUUCCACUGAGCAAAACUAUCAAACUGACACUUGUUAAAAUUUGCUUACUGGACUGAAUAAAGUGUUGUCCAGUUAAGAGUUUUCUCUUUGUUAACAUUUAUAAAAUCCUGCCACAUUGAUGGUCUAAAAUGGGUUGAAAGAAUUGAAAAUUGUCCAGUAGAUACGAUAGGAAACAGCACCUGGAGUGGAGGAUUAUAUCUAAGCUUCCACCAUCGGUCAUAUUAAUCAAGGGGCCAGAUGGUGGAGGAAAAGAAAUCCACAAAGUAGGUUAUCUAAUCACUCUGUCAGAAUGAGCUGGAAGCAGAAACAAACAUACCCUCCUCCCUCCAACAGCCUCUUAUAAAUACCCCCCACCCCUCGCUUCUAAAUGAAAUAUUGGACUCAUUUCCCAGAGAGGAAAUGAAUGUAUAUCAGAAAUAUCUACUUUAAAAUUAGUACUAAUGAUCACAUUUCACCAAGAAUUCUGCUGGAUGUACAGCUCUUAACAUUUUAAGCCAUUUAUGUAGCCCACCACGUCUUAUUGUGGUGCUUGUCUGUGUGGAAGAUUGUAAAUCUUUGGACCUGUUGCCUAUUUUCAAGGGCUUUAUAAAGCAAUGUGAUUAACAGUACUUGGCCUGCUGCUUUUGGCUUACUAUGUAUUUUUAGCUAGAUGCUACCAUGGUGUUUAAAGGAUAUGGAUUCUGUCUUGGAUGCGCUUGGUGUCCUUUCAGAAUCUGUCCUCCCAUUAUCCUGUGAAUAAAAACAAAUGGGACCCUGAGGAGGACACCCUCCUAAAGCAAUCACCUCACCAGCCCAGUGUUGUGGCUUUGUAGCACGCUGUUGUACCUAACAUAUUCUAGAACACUGUACUGCUACUAGGCUGGCCCAGAAAGGGUUUCAAUGUCGACUUCACUUUAAUCGCAUUUGUUGCACCACCAUGGAAUCUUGAUGUGUAUUAUUUAUAGUGGCAGUAGAGAAAAUGGACCAUUUCAUCCUGACUUGUAGGAGCACAUUUCUUGGUCUUGAGACCAGUAUUUUUAGUUAUGUAUGCAACUGCCUUUAUUACACCUGGUCAUCACAAUUCAAUUCUCAGGUGUUGCAGAAAAAUCUACCUCUUUCAGACUGUAGAUGGAAAUAACUGUGAAAAAAUGAUGCAGAUAUCUUCUAGUUUGUGCUAAACACACUGCUUUAUUUUUACAGCCCACAUCUUUCAUGAGGAUACGAAUUGUUAAGAGGCAGUCUUGAUUUCCUUUUCAAAGACAUUUUGUAGAGAUUUUUCACUAAUGUGAAUCUGAUUUUAUCUACUCGAUUCUGUAUAGAUUAAGUAAAUAUGUAUGAUAAAUUUAA